GACGAACGCUUAGCCACGUCACUUCCUCCCCAUGUGAAUCCCUUCACAUGUGAGCAGGUUCUGUACAUCAACACUUGGUUUCUCCGGGUGUUUAGAGCACUAAGAACAGAUAUAUUUGGUCACUGAUUAGUUUCAGCGGGAGGAUGGAGUCUGCAGAAGAAGAGUCGCUGCUCGACUCAGAGGAGGAAAACAGCGAAUUAUCGGAUGGAGAGCUCCAAGAAGCCUUCAGUAAAGGGUUGUUAAAACCUGGAAUGAACGUUUUGGUGGAAAAAAAGAAGCAGUUCGUCUUCAAUGUGGAGGGUCUGAAACGGUGUCUCGGGAACUUGCGUAAAGAUCUUCCUUGGGUGGAGAGGUUAGAUGUCACCAAUCCACCUGCUGAAGACGUUCUCUCCAGAGUUGAAGGCAAAGUUCCUGCUGGGACCAACGGAGAACUUAACGCUGAGGACGACUUCCUGAGGGAGAUGUUCUUGUAA